GCUAUCAGCUAUUGAGGACUGGUGGCUGUCGAAGAAAUCAAUCAGUGUAGUCAACAUACUACCUAAAGUGACCAGAUUGAUCAAAGUUAGACAAUGGCGGACCAAGACCAUGUCACCAUAUUGCAUUUUAAUGAUGUGUACAACAUUGAGCCACAGGACAUGGACCCACCAGGUGGUGCUGCAAGAUUUAUAACUGCGAUAAAGCAUUAUGCUCAUCUAGAUCCCCUGGUUGUGUUCAGUGGUGAUGCACUAAACCCAUCUCUGAUGAGCACGUUCACAAAGGGUGAACAGAUGAUAUCUGUGCUGAACAAGAGUAACGUUCGUAUUGCCGUAUUUGGUAACCACGACUUCGAUCACGGAGUGGAUGAGCUGGUGGAGUUUACACAGGAGUGCCACUUCCCAUGGCUUAUGUCUAAUGUGUUUGACAAUGAUACCAACAAACCACUGGCAGAUGGUCUCCUCACUCACGUCGUGAAGUGGGCAGGGAAGAAGUUUGGGUUUGUGGGAUUGGUAGAGGAAGAGUGGCUGGCCACUUUGGCAACAGUGUCACCCGAUGACCUGACCUACAUAGACUAUGUGGAGCAGGGCAACCUCUUAGCCAAACAACUCAAAGAUGAAGGAGUGGACUAUGUGAUAGCUCUGACGCACAUGCGGACUCCCAACGACCUCCGGCUGGCAGAGAAUGUAGAUGGCAUCGAUCUCAUACUGGGUGGCCACGACCACUGCUUUGAGGUCACCCUGGUGAAUGGCAAAUAUGUGAUAAAGAGUGGGUCCGACUUCCGGCAGCUAGGCAAAAUUACACUGACCUUCAACUGUAGCAAGGUCGACGUUACCGUCGAGGAGAUUACUAUUGACUCUAGCUUUGAAGAAGAUCCUGCGAUGAAACUCGUUGUUGAUAAAUAUCUUGGUGUGAUACAGGAACAAAUGACAGGAGUGCUUGGAAGAAUUGACACUGAACUAGAUGGCAGGUUUACACACGUGAGAACCCAGGAAACAAACCUAGGUAACAUGAUAGCAGAUAUAAUGCUGGCAGCUACACAUGCGAACGUAGCACUUUAUAACGCUGGUACACUAAGGUCAGAUCGAGUGCAUCAGCGCGGAGACUUUACGAUGAAGGACCUGAUCAGCAUUCUACCAAUGGUUGACAACCUCGUCGUGCUGAAAAUUACUGGUGCCCAACUACUGGAAGCUUUGGAAAAUGGUGUGUCGAUGUAUCCAAAACUAGAGGGACGUUUCCCUCAGGUAGCUGGUGUCUGCUUCGCGUUCGAUCCUAGCAAACCGGCCGGUAGCCGCGUCGACUCACGCUACGUGAAAGUUGGACAGGACUACCUCGAAGUUCACAAGGAAUACAGCAUCGUGACGAAAUCAUACAUAGCGUCGGGGAAAGAUGGCUAUGACGUCUUCAAAGAUUGUGACGUUUUGAUGAAUGAAGAACUGUGUCCAGUCCUCAUCACGGCUGUAAAGAACUUCUUCAAGUCUGUGAACAUAGUUAAGGGACUGACCCCGUGCAAGUCUCGUCACAGGCAGUCUUUAGUCUCACUGCAGCGCAGAAACAGCCUGCUGCGACACUGCAGCAUGGAUGUGUCCACAUGCAGUACGCUAAGCAAUCAGAGCCUAGACCAUUCCCACGGCGUCUGCCUCAUUGAUGAGGUGAACACGACACCGAGUCACUCGGAUCUCGUGCGCGAGAUAGCCGAGCUGUCGCCGGACACCAAACACGCAACUGUAGCGAGUGCCAACACCGACAGCACAGAAAAAGUCUGCGCAUCGCUAGGUCACGUGGAGUCCCGUGGUCCACGGCGGCUGCGCAGACAAUUGAGUGUCCAUGACCACGAGCUGAGUCACUGUCAGACGCCACAGGUUGAAGGUCGCAUCGUGCGCCUAGAUGACUCUAUAGCGCGUUAUUGGCUGCGACAUCACUUUGACGAAAUAUUCAUUAAGGAUCAACUAGAGCAUGAGCGCGUCAUGCACGAUGUAUCCGAAGCGAUUCUGGAGAGUGACGAGGAUGACACGCCGCCGUCGCCCGCUCCCGGGGCCUGCCUCGAGGGCUUCAGCUACACGACAACGCCCCCGACUUCACCCCCGUGACGGCCGUCGCCUUCGCCACCGCCGCUCGUGUACGUACGUGCGUCAGAUCACUGUGAUGAGGUCCCGCGUAGUCGGGCCGAGACAACUCAGCAUGAACCGUCUUUGCUUCGGUAUAUUGGUGUGUUUUACAUGCCGAUGCGCAGGUGUGUUCGAGUGGUACACAUCAUAUGAUGGUGAAAUCCGGGAUGGCAUUCGCCGCUAAGAUUUGCUGCGGUGUAGAUGCGAAACGCGGCUGCUGCUGUGCGGAUUUUAACUCGUUUUCCCGAAUGUUCUAGACUAGGCAGCGUAACGUACGUAUUGUUUUUCGUUCGGUCGUCAACACACACUUGAUUGGUUCGCUUGCCGUUGCGGUACACCAUGGACUGUCUGUGUGUUUAGCUGUCCGUACUUAAUUGUAUAUAAAAGUGAUAUAAAAGUGAUUGCGGGAGUGGGGGAGGGGGGAGCAGGUGGCGUUCAUUGAAAGGAAAUAUGUGUCCGUGAUGUGCCUGGGUGUCGGGCUAGGCAUUUCCGUUCACGAAUGUGAUAAUAGCAUAAUCAUGGCGCUCGCACGCGGAUGUACGAACGGUGACAUGCCGGUGUAGCCGUCGCUAAUGCUAGAAAGCAGGUUCCAAACGAAUACGCGUAGCCGUCUGCCUCAUCAAUUAUGCACGUGUUCCUACCAUUAUCGCCGGCUUUAAUUUUCAGUGAGUGCGUGAUUGUGUAUAGUGUGGUUUUUGUAGGAAUGUGCGUAUCGCCGAAUAGGCAUAACACGGAAACGGCUAAAUCGAUAAUCACAAUGGUCGUGUUUCCAUUGCUUUAGUUUGUGUGGGUCGCAUUUUUGUUUGUCUGGGUUUAGUUUCGUUUUAGCAAGGUGCGAUCGGAAAGUACGCUAGUAUAGAUGCGGGUGCAUGCGCCAGCGAGUUGUAUAUGUGCGUGCUAAAAAAAUAUACCAACCAUCAUAGGCAUGCACACUAUCUAGACUAAUUGCGAAGUUGUGCUAUCUUCUUUUGUUGAACCGUGACAAGCGAAAUGUUUAUUGAUGUCUCCGCUAAGUAUAAGAGGGAAAUGAGGAUAGUGUUUCAUAGUGCGAAAGUCUAUUGAUUCUUCUUACGGUUUUUAGAUGAUUAUAUUUCGUCCAGUGCCAGCGCGCUUUACACACACACGCACACACACGCACCCACGCACAUCCACACACGCGCGCACGUACGCACGCACGCACGCACACA